CACCUUCCUCACUUGUCGCUCACUCUUAUCCUUCCAGAAAGUGAAGGCAGCCUUAUCGUCACUUUUCACUUCAACCUCACUUACCGCCUGCUUGACUUUUUGAGAAAGGCAGUCAUCUAGAAUAUUCACCCCCGCUACAUACCCAGGUACAUAAACAGUCUCACUUCUUCGACAAGUCAAGACCUCUUGAAACCUUGGUCCCAUCAACAAAGAUACCCUGCGCCGAAGUCAUGGCGACCCUUCCAAGCAUAGUGCUACGCACCAUUGCCAUGCAAUUGGUCGAUGACCUUAAGGAUAACGCCCUGUGCAAGAAAGCUGUCUCAGUGCUAUGCUCACUGCGCCUGACAUGUCGGGAACUCGCACAGAUGGGGCUUAUCAAGACCGUCCUGUUCAGCAGUAUCAACCUCUACGCAACGAAGAACAAUAUGUUGAGAGUCGAGCAGACAGACUUCAGUGCCAUCGGGCCGUCUAUACGCCAAAUCAACUUCUUUCCAUCGCCGUACUUCUAUAACCUCAAGUUCUCGGAUUUCAAGAAAAUGCUAGACCUGCACAACGCACAGAUCACAGAUUCCAACUUGUGUGAGCGCUGCAGUGCGCGUUUGGUCCGGAACAACUUCCAAGAAACAUGUGACGGCCGGUACCCUCUUUCCCGAGACGAGAUUUUGAUGCGUUAUCAGUCAUACAUGGAACGCGCAUGCGAAGACAAGCAUUCUGCCAUUGACGGAUGGUUGGCAAAAGUAUGGGUGAAGAUGCUGCGCUUCUCCCAGUACGUAGACACCAUCAAACUAUGUCCUGCAUCGCAAGCUACAUCACAGAUGCCCUACCCGCUCGUCCAAGUCGACUGUGGAGAAUGCCAUACCUGUUGCGAGAACGUCGGCUUGAUAGAUGCCAUGGCUGGAAGCAGCGGAGACUGCCUUUUGACAGCAGUGUACGGCGCUCUUGCCUCCUCACUUCCAAUCAAGAAUCUUUCCAUCGAGUGCGAGCUGAUGGAUGCCACGACAGCCAACUGGCGUGCUCUACGCUGGAGGACAGCGAUACUGGAACAAGUCGAAACCCUGAUCAUCAAAGAGUUACCCUACGGCAUGCGUGGUCAUUCAGACGAUUCUGCACGAGAUGGAAAAGCCUCUGUACUCGUCUCUGACGCUCUGUGGGAAGUCCGCAAGACAGUGCAGCACAUCAUAUUGCUGCGUCGAAGCUGGCCGAUGGCACCGAGGCGAUCAGACCUUUUGCCGUUUUUCGGGUACAAUGGAGAGUUUCCCUGCCUUCGAUUCCUCGAUCUCAAAUCCUUCAACCUCUGGACAUCAUAUUUCACCAGCUUUAUCGCCUCCUGCGCUGCUCUUCAGACGCUGUCGCUGGAAAAAUGCAAAAUUGCCGGACCAGAUGGUGAAUGGAAGGCUUUCUUCGACAGCGUGCGCGAAAGACCUAGAGCGUUGCACCUUACAUUUUACGGAAUGGGAUCUAAAGACGGCCCAUGGGAUUUCAAUUCUGGACUCGGCAGGAAUGCUGGGGACGGGGUCAGCACGUCGGACUCUGCGGCGGGCUUGCAAAAGAGCCUGUUUCUGUAUUUAUCGAGACUUGCAGGCUGGGACACGGUGCUUGAAGACCGUUUCUCAGAGACCUGGUGAUCCAGCAGACAAGUACUUUGCCGAUUGCAUUGCUUGGACGCCGUAGUGCAAGAGGGGCUUUAUUUGGAACGUGGUGGUUGAAAAGUCCACGCUAUGUGGUCGUUGAGGCUGGUCCUGAACUCCUACGCGCAAGACCGCGGAUACAGACAUGGAUGACCAACUACCUAAGCUGGUGGGGUUUCAAGGGAGGACAAGCGGCAGAUGCAAUCAAAUCUCUGAUGAGCAGAGAGUGCGCAUGGAACUGAUACAUGCUGAGCUCGGAAUCGACCAUGCAAAUCAAGCAUAAACUGGCUAUGAGACUCUGCACAUAGUAAUGCCACGUAGCUUGCAUAUGGCGAUGUGGCGUUCACCCAGGCUAUUGAUGUGUCCAAUAGUGCUCUC